GCUGCACGCUUCCGUUCAUCGUUUCGUUUGACAUUGCCAAGAUGUCUGCGGCCGUAGCGAGCCGCCUGACUGCUGUCUGCAGACAGUUUCAACGCGUGGUUACAGUCUCUUCACACACACAGACUCAAUAUGCGACUCGAGCCUUCUCUACAUUUCAUUCGUGUCAACAAAGUCGGAUGUAUGACUCGUGGUGCUUCAGAAGUCCCAUGAAUAACCGAGCAGUCCACACAUCAUGUGUCAGGAAAGGACUGGAGGAAUUUUUUGACCUGCCAGAGAACUGGGGCGAACAAACAGUUAAAUCAGGUGCUCCAUGGACUGCCAAGCAGCUUAGAGUGAAAAGUAAUGAAGACUUACACAAACUUUGGUAUGUUUUCUUGAAGGAAAAGAACAUGUUACUCACAUUAGAACAGGAGACAAAACGACAGCGUCUUCCGAUGCCCAGUCCAGAGCGCCUCAAAAAAGUUGAAAGGUCAAUGAAGCGUCUCGACACAGUUGUGGAAGAGCGUGAGGAUUCUCUGCGCUUACUGCAGACAGGACAAGAGAGGGGCAGACCGGGCGAAUGGCGCAGGAAUGUUUUUGGCAAAACCUUCUGGUACCGCUUCAGGGAACAUCCAAUCCCCUGGUAUCUGAAUUCAAGAUACAAAAGGCGGCGAUUCUUUGAACCAUCACAUGUUGCCCCUUACACGAGGUUGAGCCUUGAAAAAUACCUGAGGAGCAAAAUACGGAAAGAAAAAAGAGAAAAGAGAAACCAAAAAAGCCUUGCAGCAAUGUUUCCAAAAAAGACUGCACUUGCAUCAGAUCACUGAAAAUACUUUUUACAUUUAAUAUUGUCUUUUCAACACACAAUACUUUUUUUUUUUCUCCAAAAGUUUUGGAGACUCCAAAUAUGUUGUACAGUCAAAUAAUAAAUUCACACUUGUAACUGA